GUUAAUAGUUAUUGAAUAUUAACAAAAUUAACAUUAAAAGGUAUUUAUUUAUGAUUAUAAAUUAUUCAUGGUAAAUCGACUUUAGGGCUAUUAGUUUAUGAGAUAUAAAUAUUAAAAUUUAGAUGAGCGGAGUAGUGGACAUACAUUUGGCAAUUGGCGGGGCAAGCCCGUAUCACUCAACUCCGCUCAUCUUAACUUUAAAUACUUAUAAGUUAUAACGCAUAGACUACUCGCACUAAAUUCGAUUUUUAGUAGAAGUAUCGAAAUACUUAGAAAAAUAUUCUACUUUGUAAUAUUAUGAAAUUAAAACUUUGUUGUCAAACAAAAAUUUUAAAAAAGUUAAAAAAUUUUUAUUAACAAAGUUGUUUUGUAAACGACUCGAAACUAGGUACCUGUGUAAAAAAUAUUUUCAAAAACAAUUACACUUUUUGAAAUAAUGAGUGUUCAAUUUUAAAUAAAUCACCCUGUAUAGUCUCUCGGGUAAGCACAAACGUUUAAAAACUAAAAGGGUUAUACCUACUUUUAAUCAUGUCAUCAUAAGGUAUAAAUCACCCACGUAUAAAAAAAUCUCAGAUAGGGCUAAAGCCCAAUCAGCCCUACCCGUGCGCACGCCUAUGGAUAUAAUAAUAUAAUGCAAGAAUUGGUUUUAAUAUUUUGAAUUUUGUAUAAACCAUGGACAAAGGACAUAUUUAUCAAAAUAUAUAAUAAUAUUUUCCUCUUAUUUUAUUGAUUAUUGAAUAAGUAUGAUGGAAAAAAUCAGGAAAUUAACUAUACUCUGCUCAGCGAGAGACCGCACCGCUUGGCGCGUACCGGCGAAAACUGGUUCCCCGCGUAACACCCUGCCAUUGGGAAACCAGGUUCGAUAGCAUGGUGACGCGGAGAGAUGCGCAGAAUCGGAAUAUAAGUGACGAUGUCUAUUUUUAACAUUAGUGGACGUAAUUUAUAAUUUUAUUAUCGAUAAAAAUAAAACCGCCAGAAUUAAACAGUGUAUAAGGAUACACUGGACAAUCUGCGUAAAUAAUAACCGUUGUCGUCCGAGUCGAUCGCGCUUGUUUACUUUUGGAUAACAUGAAAUGCAAGCACGCAUUAUGAUUGUACUCUGCGUCUACGCAAGUUAGAAGCACACCAUAGCCGUCAUUAAAAGAACAAUUUUUUAUUUGUUGAUUCUGUUAGUGUUCUGUGUUUUAAGUGUUAAAAUGGAAUUUAAAAAGUAUUAUUACGUGAAGAAUGGCCAAGGAAGACAUAACGGUGUAACGUAAGUACACUGUAUAGAUACUUAUUUAUUCAUUAAUUUAUUUUAUCAACUGAAGUGAUGGAUUUAGAAUGUAACAAAACUGUGUACAGAGUCUUAGAAAUUUACCUGACCCCAUUAAUCAAAAACAUACCUUACAGGUACUACAAAUGUAAAUUUGCAAAAAAGUUUUUUUGUAACGCAACUUUGAAGGAACUUCCUAAUGGACAAAAGAUUACAAAUCGAACUCAUAACCACGACGUGGAUUUAAAUGUGGUUCGUAUGGCGCAGUUUAAAAAACGUUUGGAAAUGAGAUCUGCUACGGAUUUGAUUCCACUGACUCAAAUUUAUGACGAGGAAGCACGCAAUUUUCCAGAAUCAGCCUCAAAUUACACUAAACAUUCGGCUGAGAGUUUUAUGAGAAGGGCAAGGACAUUGUCACUUCCAAUGAUUCCUGAGACCAUAAGUGAUCUGGCCAAUCUAUUUAUAGCCGGAAAUUUAAACCGAUAUAGUGUUGAUGGAGAAGUAGUUUAUAAAGGUUGUGUACAGGAUACAAAUGGCAAGUUUUCUAUAGUAUUUGCAUCACAGUCUCUGAUAACUAAUGCUCUUACUAUGUGUAAGCGAGAGUUACACGCUGAUGCUACUUUUCGAAUAGUCCCUUCAAAGCCCAAAUUUUACCAACUGUUGACAUUACAUGGUAUAAUAGAAAAUCAUAGUAUACCACUAGUUUAUGCUUUGAUGGAGUCUAAAAAGAAAUGUAGUUAUCAAGCUGUGUUGAGUUACAUUAAAACUCAACUUCUUCCAAACUUUAACCCCCGUAAAAUACUAACAGAUUUUGAAACUGGCUUGAGCAAAACAUUGCAAGACUACUUUCCUUCAGCGAGACGGGUUGGUUGCUGGUUUCAUCACAACCAAGCAGUGUGGAAGAAGAUGAAAAGUCUUGGAUAUUUAAAUUUGGUGAAUGAAAAUCAACAUGCUCUUAAUACAUUAAGACGCAUUAUGGUGCUACCCUUGUUACCUGGAGAUAAAAUCAAUCAAGGCCUAAGAUCUGUAAAGAGAUAUGCGCGAAGAAAUGAUAUUAAUAUGAACCUACUAUUUGAUUAUUAUGAAAGGUUUUGGAUUGCCAAAGUAGGAUGUGAUGUAUUAUCUGUUCAUAAUCAACCCAGGAGAACAAACAACCAUCUAGAAUCAUUUCACAAUAAGUUGAGAUAUUCCUUUGGAGUGGCACACCCAAAUCUGUGGAUAUUUCUUAAUAAGUUGUGUAAUUUAAUGCAAGGUACAUCGAUUGUAGUAAACCAACUAUCGAAUGGGCUGAAUCCCACAAGAAAUACUAGAGGAAAAUUUAUUGCUAAUAGUAUAAAAAUAAAAUAUGCUACUCAACAACUACAUCUUGGUCUCAUCAACAUAGAAGAAUUUUUAAAACGAUGUUCGUAUUCCGUAGCAUCAUAUGAAGAACGAUUAAGAAAUUUUUCACUUAACAUAACAUAUGAAAAUGAAAAUGAAGAAGACUAUAGAAUUCAAGAACAAGAAGAUAAUAAUCAACAACCAGAAGAUGCAGUAGAGACAAUAGAUGAUGAUGACCUCGAACUCAAUAAUAUCUUAAACAAUAAUGAACCUAAUGAUAUUGGAAGCCCUCUGUUGGAAAAUAUAGAUGAUCAAAUGGUAAACAUUCAACAAGAUGAAAGCGGCAACCAACAGGAUUGGAAUGAAGAAGAUUUUAUUAUUGAAGAGGAAUUAGAUCCUGAUAUAAUACGGAUGAUGGAAACUGACAACAGAAUAAGAAUGUUGGAAAUAGAAAAUAUACCAUUUGUUCAGGUUCCAUCUGUUCUUCCUCCAAUUACAAACUCUGAUCAAAUGUGUGUAGUUUGCACUGUUUCAGAAAAAACUCAUGCAUUCAUACCUUGUGGACACAUAGCUGUGUGUGGUGAUUGCCUAGUAUUAUUAGACCCGCAACGCUGUCCAUUAUGUAACCAGGAAUUUACAACAUUUUUAAGAAUUUGGUCAUAAUAAUUAUAUAUUAUAUAGAUAAUAAUAAUAAUAAUUUAUUUAAAUAAAAAGAGUAUGCCUUAUUAAAACAAUAAAAUUGUUAUUCAAUUGGUAUUAGGUAGUACUACCAAUACCACAUUUAUAAUGCCAAUUCUAUAUGCCUAAAUAGAUACUUCAAAUAACAUUAAUAUCGACUCUUAAAAACUUGAGGGGAAUGUCCAGACUGUACCCAGUGGGUUUUAUUUUAAAUAAAUAUAUAAAACAUUUUUUUAUUUGUUAUAUUUGAACUUUUUUAGCAAAUAUAACAUAUACCAGGCAUUUAAUUAUUUAAGUGUCUAAUAAGUGUUUGACCAAUUAAAAUUUGUUUUUAUAUAUCACUAAUAUUGGAUUUUUUAAGAACAUGCUGUCACACAUUGCUCCAUAUAUAGGUACUGUACAGUCAGGGUACAUAUAUAAAUAAAAUAUAAUGGAUUACAAUUUAUAAAAAUUAUGUAUUUUAUAAUGUAUACAACAAUAUUAUAU